UACUCACGAGUCUUAUACUUCUUGGUUUAGGGUUUUUCAUGUUUCAGGGUUUUUGCUUUGCCACCUAGAAGAAGAACCUCAGAGUUGCAAUGCUAAAAUCCUCAAGUUUCAGCUUGGGUCAUCAAUCGCAGUUAAAAAUGAAAGGACUAAGCGUAGCAGAUGCUGAUUUAGUGGUGUAUGUACACCCAUCGAAGAGUAGGAAGGUUUCCCAGGCCAUCCUCCGUGAGCUUAGCUCUCUACUCUUCAAGUUCAACGAAGCAUUUGAUGGUGUUUUAUUGGCUUAUGAUGUUAACAUUCAGGAUAAGCAGGCAAAGAUUCUUUCUGGUGUUCAUCCUUAUUUUGGUCUGAGACUAAAAGCAAAUCUCCUACUUUUUUCACCAAAGUCAGAUAUGCUCUUAGAGGGGAAAGUAGUGAAACUUUCUCAAGAGUCUAUUCAUGUCAUUAUUCUUGGUUUUUCCUCUGCAAUCAUAACAGCUCAAAACAUUCGUGGAGAAUUUAAGUAUAAAACUAAAGAUGAAGAGGAACUAUUUGCCAGCAGAUCUCACAAGCGUCAUGUCAUAAAGGUUGGAACCAUGAUCCGUUUUUUAGUCAAGAGUUUUGAUGAGGAAAUACUUCACAUCAUCGGGUCUCUGAUGCCUGCUCACACAGGAAGCAUUUGUUGGUUAGAUAGGAAUUUGGAAGAAAUUUCAGAAUUUGAUAGGAGUGCUACGAAGAGUAGAGGUAGAGAAUGGCAGGAGGAUAAAACUUUUGAAGGAACAACUCCCUUGAGCUACAAUAAUCACAUUCAAAAGUCAAAAAAACGUAGAAUCACUGAAGAUUAACGAAGCUUGCUUCCAAUUACUGAUUGAUCAAGGAGAUAUCUUGUUCUCAGGUAGCAGAAGGUCCAUACAAAUGAAAAUACAUCGCUUUCUUUUGAUGACUUUGGCAAGGAAUAUAUGCUCUUCUGAGGAAGGUGGUUGACAGUUCGAAAUCUGCCCUUAGUCCUUCCUACACCAAGAUCCCCAAAAUUGAGACAAAGAAUGCAUUAGUUUUACCCCUGAGAAGUGGGUAUUUUUUGUUUCCUGGUGUUGUACAUCGAGGGAAAGUCUUUUUGUACUUUGUACAUCGUAGGCUUGGCCAUGUUCAUACAUACGCUAACACUACUAUUAUCAAAAAGAAAUGCUUUGCCCCCUUGUUUCGUGA